CAACUAAAAACCACAGAAAAGUUUUUAAACAUACAACAUAAAAAUGAUAAUUAACUCUGCUAUGGAGUUUCUCCUGAUACUGUCAAUGAUUUUGCCUGCAGCGUUAGCAAAUUCAGAAUCAGAAAAAUGGUCAUGGCCAACCUCCCCCAACGAUCGUAAUCGGGCUGACAACCGAAAGGAUAUCUACUACGAAAACAGCAGCAACAGAGAUGGUAAAGCCGAGAGAAUUAGAGUGCCCACGUCAUAUGAUAAUGAAAGACCAAUUGAAGCGUAUCAAGUUAAACGCCCGGCAGUCAACCGACCGAAACCAUUAAGUGAUGAAUUCUCCGAUGAGUUUACAUCGAGUGGUGAGAAUUACGCCAAUAACGUUAAUGGACAAAACAACAAUCGAUAUCCUUCAGUAAACACACCUAAUCGAUUUGGGCCUCAACAAUCAAAUGACUUUCCACAACCAUUUGGAUAUGGGCAACAACCUUUUCCAGGUGCCGGAGGAUUUCUAGGUGGCGGCGUGGGUGGUCCAUUUGGAGCUCAAGGUUAUCCUCAUCCGGGCCAGUUUCAAGGCGGGCACCAUCCGGGAGGACUUGGUAAUCAUAUAUCAAAUGGAAUUUUGGUCGGCCCUGGAGGCCCAACGGGAAUUGUUGGUAGACCGUAUGGUAAGAGAUAUCCACCCUAUUAUGGUGGAGGUUAUCCAGGAGGUGGAAUAGGCUACGGUUCUCAUGGAGGGUUGGGAUUUGAAGGGCAUCACAAUGGAAUUGGCGGUCCUGGAAUUGGUGGACAAUUUGGUGGACAUCAACAGCCAUUCCCCGGUGGGCCGCAUGGUCAUGGUGGACAAUUUGGUGGUCAACAGCCUUUCAUUCAAGGACCUGGUCAGGGUUAUCCUGGACAAUUUGGCGGUGGACCGUACAGUCCUAAUUUCGGAGGUCCAAUACCUUUCCCAGGACAAUUCUUUGAUUCAACAAGUCAAACAAAAAAGGUUGAAAAAUCAGCCAAAUAAAGACGCUGAACAUGAAAUAUUGAUGAUUCUUUCUCGAUCCCUUAAACAUCAAUGUCGUUGAAUGACAACAGUGAAUUGUAUCUUUUUUAUAUUUGCGAUGUUAUUUUAUUUUGUCUCGUUACACGAGUCGUAAUCAUCAACAUUUAUUUUGUGAACAUCAAAUACAAUUUUAAGGAUUUUAAGAUUCAAUAAAGGACAACAAAAUCGAAUAGAUAUUACAGUAAACAUAAAUUUGUAACUUGUCUGAGACUCACCAAUUGUUGUAA